AUGGGUGCUCGUGACAUUCAGAUUGAGACACAAUACGAAUACGGCACGCGGGUGGGAGUAUGGCGACUCGCACGGUUCUUUGCGCAAGAGGAACUGCGCGUCACCGUCUACGCGAUCGGGCAGUCGAUCCUGAAAUCCCCAGAGGCUGCGAAGCAACUGGUGAGCGACGGACACGAAUUCGCCUCGCACGGAUACCGCUGGAUCGACCACCAUUCCGUCCCCCUCGCCGUCGAGGCGGAGCAGAUCAACAAGGCCAUCGACGCCAUCGAGCUGAUCUCUGGGAAGCCGCCGAGGGGUUGGUACUACGGUCGGCCCUCAAUCUCGAGCAAGGCGCUCGUGUGUAGGGCCUUUCAGGCGAGGAAGAUUCCGCUCUUGUACCAGGCGGAUUCGUACUCGGACGAACUGCCGUACUGGACGCCGCAUCCGUUGGAGCCUGGAGAGGGACUGCUGAUGAUUCCUUAUACCUAUGAUGUGAAUGAUGGCAAGUUCACAUCGUCGCCAGGAUUCGCGAAUCCCAAGGACUGGUUGGACUAUGCCAAGCUCUCAUUCGAUGUCAUGUACGAGGAAGGGCAGGCCGGCUCCCCGAAAAUGAUGACCAUUGGCCUUCAUAGCCGCAUCAUCGGCAAGCCCGCGCGAUUCUGGGCCCUGCGCGAGCUCAUCAAGUAUAUCAAGACCCACGAGGGUGUGUGGUUUGCCACCAGGGAGGAGAUUGCGAACCAUUGGCGACGGGAACAUCCCUUCAGCACCGAGAGUUUACCAAGCGAAAUGCCGCACUUUCUAUAG